AUGUCAGGCAAAUCGAUCCCGGCAACCGGAAAGGAGCUUCCCAGCGAUGCGAUCCAACGUGUGCUUUUCAUCUGUCACCCCGUGCAUAUCUAUGCGAUACCACCGUUGACCUCCAUGAAGGGCUACUCAGCCGCAGACUGGACUGUCCCGGACCCGAAAAAUAACAACCAGACCCGCCAGAUCUUCACUGCUCGACUCCGCAUUAUUGAAACCGCAAUUACCCUACCUUCUUCCCCGCAGCCGCAAGCGCGGACACAUUUGCAACCUCGCCCUGGAAAUCCGGCUCCAGGAAGAGAAACCUCCACCACCACAGUCUCGGUAGCUGAUCUACAAGAAAAAGAAAAAGUCAAGGUGGACAUUGUACUGGAGGACCCAAGCACCGGCAACCUCUUCGCAGCAGCCCCGUACACCGACCCAGGCGCCGUAGAGCAUGCCGUCGAUUCUUCGCGCUUCUUCGCAUUAAGAGUUAUGAAUGACGGGCGAAAAGCAAUAUUAGGCAUUGGGUUCGAAGAUAGAAGCGAAGCGUUUGAUUUCGGCGUCACGCUGCAGGAGGCACGGAAAGUGUUGGGGUUUGCCCUGGACGAGCAGACCCCUUCACCAGGUGCGGGAAGGGGCCCUAUGGGAGCCAACAGGGCGAGGGGACAGACACCAGGACUCGGCGCACUGCAAACAUCGGCAUCGGGAAACCCAUCGCAGCCGCCAAGGGAUUACAGUCUGAAGCCCGGGGAGACGAUUAGUAUUAAUAUCGGCGGGAAGAAGCCGACGAGUACGCCGGAGAAGUUGAUCAGCCCCACCAGCGCUGCUCGAGAGGAACAGACAGCGCUGUUUUCCAUCCCUCCGCCACCAGCGCCACCUUCAAGAGUAACCGGGGAUGGGGAUGCAGGUGGGGGGGGGGAUUCCUCUACAUCAUUCCCGAUGAUUGCGGCCCCGCCAUCUAGUGCGCGCAGCGAUCGACGGAGAAGACCGCAGUCUAUGUUGGGUACGGAAGAGCAUAAAGUGAUGCAUGGCUUCAGCGAUAAUGACGAUGAUGGCGGCGGGGAGUUUGGGGAAUUUCAGUCAUAA